AUGGCUGCCAUCCUUGCUCCCUAUGCGAUACUUCCUUCCAUCAAUGAACCAGACAAUGAUGUUCAUCGUAGCAUCUUCAAUGUGUUUGGGAACAGCUGCUAUGAGAGGAGGAACAUGUUCCAAGACAAUGUUGGUGCUUGGUGUGUUGGCUCUUCCCAUGAUUGGCUCAUUCUCUUAGACACCGAAGGUUGUCCUUUUCUUCUCAAUCCCGCUUCGUCCAUCUCCAUUGACUUACCACCUUUUUCUGACUCAAUGAUGCCCCAUGCAAGAGUCAAUCACUCAUAUUAUGUUGAGUCCCUGCUGAAAUCCUUUGUGUUCAAAGCAGUGUUAGUGGGCUCUCCCUCCCCUUUGGAAUACACCCUUGUGAUAAUGUAUAGUUAUCCGUGCAAACUCGCCUUUUGUACUAAUAAAUCUUCAACAUGGGUCGAAUUCUCUGACUCUGAGCACUAUUAUUCCGACAUUGUCUCGUACAUCAAUUAUCUCUUUGCUCUCACAAAAGAUGGGUCGAUUCAGGGAUGGAAUUUCAAUGGCCAAAUUCCGUCGAAGGUCUUCAAGAGUAAACCGGAUGGGGAUAAUAUAGAUGAAGAGGAAGAAGAAAGAGAAUUCCCUAGGGAAAAGUUCUCGUCGCAAACAUAUUUGGUGAUAUCAGCAAGAGAGUUUUUGCUGGUCAAAAGAUUUGUCGGAAAUUUUGUCAAUGCUGAUGGUCAAGUGGUGUACGAAGGAUAUGAUGAUGAUGGUGGUGAAAUUUGCCCUUACCAGACUAAGUGCUUUUUUGUGUAUACACUCGACUUUCAAGAGAAUAAGUGGGUGAAGAAGGGUUGUUUGGGUGAUCGGGCUUUGUUUGUUGGUGCCAAUGAGUCUACUAUUGUGGCUGCGCGAGCAGGAUGUGAAGCAAACUCAAUUUACUUCACGGAUGAUAGGUGGGAAGAGAUGAGUUUGGACUACUCAUAUGGUGGGCAUGAUUGGGGUGUUUUCAGCCUUCAAGAUAGAAGUGUUAGGCUCCUUGCUCCGCGCACAAAUAAGAUGGAUCCACCACCUGUUUGGAUGGUUCCAACUCCACUUCGUUUAUCGUGA